UGUUUAUACUGCCAUCUAUAGGUAAGAUCAGAGAAAUUACGUAACAAUGUUUUCUGCUGUGUGGAAUAGGUGAAGGUUGAAUUUUCAUAACCUGUUUAAUGUUAUUGCUACACGUGCAAGUUGCUGAAGUGGGUUGGAAUUGUAACUCCUGAACUAUAAGUGUUUAUUCAGUUACUGCGUAUGCAAGAAGAGGGACGCUUUAUUAAUCAGUUCUUCAACCGUAACAGGUUUACUUCUCCACAUAGAUACGUGUAAUUCUUCCAUCCCAGGCUGAAUAACAUCAGUGAAGACAACAUGGAAAAUAUUGAUGGAGAUGAUGAGGCAAGUUGUAAAUUAUGAAAUUUCAUUGUCCAGUAGCAUGGACUUGGAGUCUGCCCUAAAUGAAGCUAGAAUAGCUGUAAAUUAUUUUUUCAAUAACAAGUUUGAUGAGGCACGAAGAACUCUGGAACCUUGGGCGAACAGCAGCAUGUAUCAUGCUGUUGGGCACAGUGUGUUCACAUUUUUGGAGGCUAUGCUGACCUUUGAACACCAACACAUUGAGAAAGCAUCAGAAGCGUUGAAACAGUGUAUGGCAGUGUGUAACAGGUAUCGCAGGAAGAAUACUAUAACGGAAUCAAUUGGUAAAAUGGUGAAGAAACCUAAUUAUGAUUUAUACACAGCAGAAGAGGUCCAUGCUGAAUUAUGUUACGCAGAAGCUUUACUGCUGAAGUCAUUGCUUACAUUUGUAGAAGAUGAAACAUUAGUUAGUUUUAUCAAAGCAGGCAUUAAAAUAAGAUCUUGUUAUAACUCAUACAAAGAGUGUGCAAACAUUCUGCAUACUAGAAAGUGGAAUAAUGAAUCCUAUAAAGUUCAUUUUGAGAGUGGUGUUCGUAUGGGAAUUGGAGCCUUUAAUUUGAUGAUAUCUCUACUGCCUGCUCGUGUAAUUAAGCUCCUAGAGUUCAUCGGAUUUUCAGGUAACAAGGAAGUAGGCCUCAGGGAACUGCAGGCUGGGUACCAGCUGCAUAACAGUAUUCGCCAAGUUUUGUGUGUCAUGACACUCUUAGGAUAUCACCUAAUUGUACUCUAUGUACUGAGCCAUACUGAUGGAGACCUCGAUUUUUGUGAUGAGAUUUUGAGUACACAACUCAAGAUGUAUCCUGAAGGAGCUUGGUUCCUCUUCUUCAAAGGUCGACUUGAGUUUAUGAAGGCAAAUAUUGAUGAUGCUAUAAAAUGGUACAUUUCUUCGUGGAAAUCCCAAAAUAUGUGGGUGCAGUUUCAUCAUAUGUGUUUCUGGGAACUGAUGUGGACAAACAGUGUUAAACAGAACUGGCAUGAAGCUAGCGAAUUUGCUGGACGAUUGUUUGAAGAAAGUAGAUGGUCAAAAACUAUUUAUGCUUAUCAAAAAGCUGCAAUGUUGUGUAUGCUAGGUGAUGACCUCACUGAUGAUGAACAGACUGAAAUUGAAUAUCUUAUGAGGCAUGCACCUCAAUGGAAGCAGAGGAUAGCUGGAAAAUCAUUGCCAAUGGAGAAGUUUGCAGUCAAAAAGUCGGAACGCUAUUUUUCUCAAGGGAAAAGCUUGGUUCUUCCAGGUUAUGAACUAAUGUAUGUGUGGAACCUGUUCAAACAAAUUGGGAAAAAAUGGGAAAUGUUAGAUUCAGUGUAUAAACGAGUUGAUAAAGUACUCAGAAAGUUGGAAUCAACGCGUGAAGAAGGCGAAUAUCAUGCAGACAACAAAGCGUUAGUUUUAUUGUUGAAAGGAACAUGUUUGCGACUGAUGAAUACCCCACUUCAAGCAGAGGAAUCCCUAAAUAUUGUGCUUUCAUUGGAGAAAAAAAUAAAAGAAGAUCUUUAUCUUAUACCAUAUGCUAUGGUUGAACUGGCACUACUAUACAGGAGUCAAAAUGAUCUCUCUAGAGCAGCCCAAUUAUUGGAAGAUGCAAAGAAGAACUAUACUGGGUAUUCUCUGGAGUCACGCCUUCAUUUCAAGAUACAUUCUUUCCAGUCUGAGUUGAACACGAGGAAAUCAUCAGAUGAGACUACUUCAGAACUUUCUAGUCAGUAGUUGAUGACAAAUUUAUGUUUCUAAAAAUGUGUGCAAUUACCUUGACCAAACCAGUAAAACACUAUUUUCUUUCUAACUUCAGUAAAUGUAAUCUCUGGGGUUUUUGAUCUCAAAAGAAAUGAAAACUAUUUUGUCAUUACUGGUUUUUGUACUGGGUAAGAUAUAUACAUUCCAAUUUUUUUUACAUGCUUAAUGCUGUGAUCCAAUUGUUGAACACUUUAUUGUCUUGAAGAAACUGUUUUAAAGAAUGUUUUUGUUUAUUUAAAUAUUGUUAAUGUUUUAGAAGUUUUAAUAUUUUUGACAAAAUAUUUCAUGAUCAUUCUUCCAUUUUAUCUUGCAGUGAAAUAGUUACUCUUCACACAAGUUGAAGUAUCUAGUUACAUUAUUAAACAACAAAUGAUCUACUUCAGUCUUACAUCGAGAAGUCAGAAAAUUGUGUGUUUGUACUUCCAUAUUUUUCAUACAGCCACCCCCCCCCCCCCCCCCCCCCCCCCGCUCUCUCUCUCUCUCUCUCUCUCUCUCUCUCUCACACACACACACACACACACACACACACACACACACACACACACACACAGCUUACAUGAUGUGCAUAUCUACCACACAAUCCUUCAUUUAAAUGGUGGGCUGUUACUUUUACUCAUUUCAAUAUUUGUAUUCCAUCUGUAUAACCAGGGAAUCCAUCUGUUAAAAAUGGUGUGCUAUUUAAAUACUUGUACAAUAUACAGAUAUGCUCAUUACUUAUGUCAGGUGCCCCAUAACUCACUCAGCAUUGCUUUUAAGCAGUAGUUUGCUUAACCUUUCAAUUUUUUUAAUUCCUGAAGGAUGUUCUGUGUGGCUUGGUCCAUUUUUCCACAACAAUCAAAUAAUUUUCCCAUAUCUCUUCAAUAGUUUACUUGUCCGGAGUUCCAGUGUUGUUGCUGUGUCUUGUUCAGGUAAAACAGGGGAUACGAGAUACAUUUAGUGCUUUCAUGUAGCAAGGUAGAUAUGCAUCUGCUGAAGAUGAGUUGCAGUACAUAUGUGGACAUUAUUUAACUUCUUUUCAAUCUAACCUCAUACAUGUUUUUAGACACCUCUCAUUAUCCAAGAACUGCCAAGAUGCAUAGUUACUCUCCUCACAAUUGGAUGAAUCUACUUAAUCAGAAGAUGAUUCUGAAUAUUCUGCUAUGAGCACAAUCUUUAUGUGCUCUGUAUGUGGUUUCAAUUUGUGUUUUAUUGUUUUUGUUAUCUGAUAUACUGUGUGUAAGUCAUUACAUUUAUGUUUUUCUAUCUCUUUCUGCAUUUCAUUUGUAAUUUUUGUGUGUCAGGGGCACUGCCUAGGUGCAGUUGUGUCAGUAGUCUUAUAUUUAUUUUCAGUUUACAGAACUGUUAGAUGAAUCUCAAGAAGUGGAUGGACAUUAAUCAUCUUCAUGUGAUCACAGUGCUUGUCUUUGUGUGAUGCUAAUGCUCAGACUUGAUUUCUUACUUUGUAGUCUAUUUCCCACAUAUUCUGCAUAAUAAUAACUGUUGCUUAUUCAAUUAUCUGGCUGACAAUAAUUUGUUAAAAGGAUUGUGUGAUUAGAAAUAGGAUUGAUUGAUGUAUGUGAGAUAAGUAUGCAACUUGAAAUUUUUCUUGCCAUAAUGCAUUAUACAGAUGAAAAGAUAUUUUCAUAUGCCAUAAGUAAUUCCAUUAAGAUGACAAAUGAAGAUGAAGGAACAAAGAUUUCCUAAAGAAAACAAUGGCCUAGAUCACAUUAUACCUGUGAUAAAAGAACCAGUAUUUCUUCAGGGACAUGCCUGAUGUCAGUUGCGUAUGUCAAUGUCUCUGUUAUAUUUGUUUGUGUAUAGUAUAUUAAAGAAAACUGUAAUAUGAAUUUUUGUUCUUACAUUGUGAGAAAUAAAUGUUUCUCACCAUUAACUGUUUAUUUAACAUUGAAUUUAUAUGUUGUUGUUUUUAUUGUACUUCAGUGACACAGAACAAAGCAUCAUAAUAAAUAUUUUGUUGCUGUGAGAGAA